AAGCACCGAGUGUGCUCUGGCCCCGCCUUUCCCGCCAAUUCUUGAACGCCUCCUUUGGCCUCUUUUCCCCGCCCACCUCGCGCUCCCAUUGGUCCCGUCCCAAAGGCAUCGGGAGGUGGAGGGUUCCCAUUGGCGGCGAGGUGGAACCAAUGGGCGGUGAGGCAGGGCAGGGCUGCGAUUGGCGGCGCUGGCGAGCAAGAGGCGCUCCGGAUUGGCUGGGCGGCCGGCGACACGCAUCGGCUCCCGAUUGGCUACGCGGAGGAGGGCGGGGCCUUGGCAAGGCAAGAUGGCGUACCAGACUUUCCGUCAGGAAUACUUGCAGGUGCCGCCCGUGACGAGGGCCUACGCCACCGCCUGCGUCCUCACCACCGCCGCCGUGCAAUUAGAGUUAAUCACUCCAUUUCAGCUGUACUUCAACCCGGAAUUGAUAUUUAAGCAUUUUCAAGUAUGGCGGCUCAUCACAAACUACCUUUUUUUCGGACCGGUUGGGUUUAACUUUUUGUUCAAUAUGAUCUUUUUAUAUCGCUACUGCCGGAUGCUGGAGGAAGGGUCCUUUCGCGGCCGGACGGCAGACUUUGUCUUUAUGUUCCUUUUUGGCGGACUGCUGAUGACUCUGUUUGGCCUGUUUGUCAACCUAGUGUUCUUGGGGCAGGCCUUCACCAUCAUGCUGGUCUACGUCUGGAGCCGCCGGAACCCCUUUGUGCGCAUGAACUUCUUUGGGCUCCUCAUCUUCCAGGCUCCGUUCCUCCCCUGGGUGCUCAUGGGGUUUUCACUCUUGCUGGGGAAUUCCAUUAUCGUGGACCUCUUGGGCAUUGCUGUCGGCCACAUCUAUUACUUCUUGGAAGACGUCUUCCCAAACCAGCCCGGCGGAGGAAGACUUCUGAGGACGCCGUCCCUGUUGAAAGCAAUCUUUGACACGCCGGAAGAAGACCCCAAUUACAACCCGCUGCCGGAGGAGCGGCCGGGAGGCUUUGCGUGGGGAGAAGGUCAGCGUUUGGGGGGCUGAAGGCAUGUGAGAGAGAGGAGCACGUACACCUUUACGAAGACCUCUAUGGACACGUUUGACCCCUCCUUUGGCCUAUUGAACAUGCAAAGCACUUUGCAGCAUAGAGACAAAUUUGGUUCAUAUUCCAGGGAAAAAAAACUCGCAUUGCAAGAGGGUCGGAACAAACGACAAAUUGCCUGAGCCGAAACGAAGAGGCCAUUUUUUUCCCAGUUGUCUCACAACAACAACAACAUACAUAUACAUUUCCCAGUUUUAUUUGGUACCAGAAACCGGGAGUGAGUGCACUUCGGAAGACAAAUGUUUUAAUUUUCACAAUCCAUAGGAGACGUCACUUUGAAUGUCUGGCUUUGGACACACAGGCCAGAUUUUCUUCCUCGAAGAAAACGUUUACAAAAGCACGGGAAGGCGUUUGACGGGGUUCUAGAGCUAGAGAUCUAGACUUGGGACCCAUUCUGCGUACAAUUGGCCUUCAAAGACGGGCUUGGCAACGCAUGAGCCCUCCUGCAUCAUGCGCUUCCUUCUGGCGAAAGGGUUUUCAGACUCCUUCGGAAGCCAAAAGCUGAGGAAGAAGAAGAAGCCCUUGGCUGGAGUCAGCCGGAACUGCGUUCACUGUCAAUAAAUGCCACCAAACGCCGAGAAAA